GUAAACUGUUAUUGCCAUUUUUUCCAAAACCGGGGAAGACUUUCGCAUUUUAAAAUAUGAUAAUAGCUGUGUGUACCGCGUCUUCACCCGAGUCGGUAACACUUUAACAGCAUGGUGGUCGUCCUGUAGGUUUUUGGGGAGCCAGAAGAUGAGUUUAUAGCUAGAAAAACAAGCUCAAAAAUGGCAACAUACAACACCGAAGGUCACUCUGUGGUGGUGGAGGUGAGCCCAGACAUCCAUAUCUGUGGCUUCUGCAAGCAGCAGUAUAACAAUUUCGAGAUCUUUCUCGCCCAUAAGCAAAAUGGAUGCUCCCUCCCCACCUCGGACACAUCAGCCAGCGCUGCAGCAGCCACUCUCACCGAUUCCAGCACUGAGUUUGUUUUCGAGGAAACCUACCAGACCUGUGUUAUGAGAGGUGUCAAAAAGAUCCUGACCAAAGCGCAGAAAACAGCCUACAAAAAAUUAAAACCUUCCCUGACUUCAAAGAGACACAGCUGCUGUUUCUCAGGUUGCACUUUUAAGACGCAGUAUGGCCAAAAAGACAUGGAGCGGCAUCUCAAAACCCACACAGGUGAGAAGCCGUUUGAAUGCGAGCUGUGCCACAAGCGCUUCAGUCGACGGGACAAGCUCAACAUGCACAGCCGCUCACACACAGGCGAGAAGCCACACAAGUGUAAACACUGUCCCUAUGCAGCCGCAGACAGCAGCAGCCUGAAGAAGCACCUGCGUAUCCACUACGACGAACGGCCUUUUAAGUGCCAGAUCUGUCCGUACGCCAGCCGGAACUCCAGCCAGCUCACCGUCCACCUCCGCUCGCACACUGGGGACGCACCUUUCCAGUGCCAACAAUGUGACGCAAAGUUUAAAAUCAACUCCGAUCUAAAGAGGCACAUUCGGAUCCACUCUGGCGAAAAACCCUACAAGUGUGACUUCUGUGAGUACCGAUGCGCCAUGAAAGGCAACCUGAAAUCUCACAUUCAGAUCAAACAUGGCACCGAGAACUCCUUCCACUGCGUGCACUGCGACUUCCAGUGUGCCAGCAAGAACGCCCUGCGGCAACACUCGCGGGAACACCAGCCCACUCAGCCCAUCCAGUGCUCCAAGUGCACUUACUCCUGCGCCAGCAAGGGGGCGCUCAAAGUCCACGAGCGGAUCCACUCGGAGGAGCGCCCCUUUAAGUGCGAGUUCUGCAACUUUGCCUCCAAGCAGCGCAGCAACCUCGUCAUCCACAAAAAGAAGUGCCACUCCGAUAAGCCAGAGAAAGGCGGCGGCGGUGGGAAAGGUGGCAGGGGUGGCAGACGGAAAAGCGGAGGAGGCGACUCUCCGAAGCCUGUCGGCUCUAGAUAUCGAGCCAAGCUUGAAGCAGCUAAGGCUUUCAGCUGUGACUCGUGCGACGCUUCCUUUGUGAGGGAGGACUCCCUGCGGAGCCACAAGAAGCAGCACAGAGACACUCAGAAUGUGUUGCAGCUGCAGCUCUCCACCCCGGCAGACGCAGUCACGACGUCACAGAGCAACAACCAGCUCGAAGUUCCCAUCCCGUCUGAAUCAAUGGCUCCUUACAGCAGUGCACAGCUCAAAAUCAUCGUUUCUCACCCUCUCGGUCAGGAGAACUCUUUAAUUCCAGCUGACACUCAACAUAAGACCAACAUGGUUCUGCUCAGCCCAGAAAACCAGGACAUCGUCGUCAACUCCAUGAUCCAACAGGUCAACCUGCUCACGCCCAUGCAGCCUCUCGGCUCAUCUCAGACUGCAGAAACCACCCUCGAACCCCAAACGGUGCUGUUGACGCAGCUCAGCCCCGACGACACCGCUCACCCGCUCCACCAGGCGCUGCUGCAGACCGCCAUAACCGCUCAGGACCCCAGCAGCGGCUCGCAGACUUUCAUCACGACCUGCUCGGAGCUGGAGGGCCUCAACGCUUUGAUCCAGGAGGGGGGCACAGAGGUGACGGUGGUGACUGAGGGGAACAUGGUGACCACAGCGACUCCUCCGGACAUGGUGUGUGCGUCGUCAGAGGACAUGUCCAAGCCAGCAGGGACAGUCGGGGAGAGUGCCUUAGAGGAAAGCGCGUUGCUGGUGCCAAACAUUAGUCUGGGCAGCCAGAAUGUGGUCAUCCACGGCGUCCCGCUGAUAGUGUCCGCUCAGCCGCAGCAGCUCUCUCCUCACACACUCUACUCAGAUACACACACACUGGAAGGCAUCCCACAAUGAGCGAAGGGUUUCCCAGAAAUCACUAAGACUGUAACUGCAUCAUAAGCUAUUUUUUGCUAGUAUGAACUAGUACGUGCAGGCCAAUAACAGUAUCUGCUUUUGUUUCUAGCAAUUUAAUAAUUAAUCACUGAAGAUAUUGAUAUUGUUGACUUUGGAGACAUAAUUGUUUUAGUUUUCAGGUUUUAGAAGAAUGAAUCCAGGGUU